CUUUCCAAACAGGCUUAUAUAUACACAUGAACGAGGUCGAUAAGCGUGACUCUCUCUCUCUCUUCUCUCUCUCUAAAAUCGCAGACUUGAUUUAUACUAUGAAGCGGUGUCCAUGGCAUCUUCGUGCGAGUCCGGUGUUCUAAUGACAACUGUUUGUCAGACUUGUGGUGACAAGGGCGAUUUGCUCCUUCUUGUCUACUGUGUGCAGUGCCAUGAUUCUGCCAUGCAUCGCUAUUGUCUAGACAAAUUUUCUCCUGAUGAUGACAGCAUCACUUGGAUGUGUGAAGAAUGUACCGCCAAGGCUCCUCAAAUUGGCCCAUCUAUGAAAAGUGAAAGAAUAAAUUCAAGGAAAGACCAAGCUGUUGAAGUUCAAAAUAAUUGGGAGAAGAGGCCGAGUAAGAAAGCUUUUUCAACGGCCAAGAGACCAGCUGGCAUGAAGAAUGAGCUGUUUAAAGCAGCUAAGCUAACAGGUUGCUCUCUACCAAAUGAGGACAAAUUUCAUGUUUCAUUUGAUGAGACUCGUGGAAGUCAAGAGUGUAGGAUACAGAGAAGAAGGUUAAUGCUUGAAGAUGGGGACAGUUCAGAAGAGCCUGAAUUAGCCAAAGCUAAUAUCUCUCAGUCAGGUCCUUCUGUCCAUAUGUCAUAUUGUCAGCCAUCUUUAGAACCUGAUAGCCAUCUCUAUGGACAACCAGUUAAUGAUCCAAUUUGGAGGGGAUGCUUGAGCAUUACCAGUGGAAAAAAUGAAACCCUUUUUGGACUCGUGGCCCAUAUAUCAAGUAAAGCUUGCUCAAAAGUGUUUGAUGCGGCAAAUGCGCUUCCACCAGUGCUUAAUGUUGAAAUUCUGCCUAGGUCUGAUGUUUGGCCAAAAAGUUUCCAGAAGUUGCCACCCACUGAUGAUAGUAUAGCACUCUAUUUCUUCCCUGAUUCUGAAAGGGAUGAGAAGGUUUUUGACAUUCUGCUAGACGACAUAAUUGAGCACAACCUUGCUUUGAAGGCUCUGAUUGGUGAUGCAGAGCUCUUGACUUUCACAUCUCGUGAAUUGCCACAGCAGUACUGGAGAUUUCGUAGGAAGUACUAUUUAUGGGGUGUAUUUAGGCGACAAAGUUCAUCUUCGUCACGUCGCAUCUUCAUCUCAGGGCAUAUCAGUUCGUCAUUAAAGUUUCGUCCUAACUCUGAAAUGACAAAAUGUAAAAGCAGCAAAACACCAGAAACACCAAGCAAGAAAUAGAGACUCUCUCAGUCGUCUUAUGAUCUAAGAUCAAAAACCAGCAAAACACCACAAACUCCUUGCCAAAACACACAAGUCCAAGGUGAUGAAGCAACUAGCAUCAAGAUGAGUACCCCAACUUCAAAAGACUCCAGCUCAUUGGAAAAAACCUAUUAAACUCUAAAGAAAAAGAGCUCAUUACAGCAUUCAAUACCGAUCCAAUCUCUCAUUUGUUGUCUCCUUUUUUCAAACACUUAAAUUCAAUUUAAAUCAACUUGUAGAGCUUCAAAAGACCCCAUUCUGGUAUAUGAUCCAAGCUCUAACCACUGGAAGGAUGGAUCCAAGGAAAUCUAGGAAAUCUGAUGAUGAUGUAGUUGCAAUAAUCCAAUGUUACAAUGAAAAAAUAAAAGCAUUCACAGUUGGUAAAAAGAACUUGACCUUUACAACAAAUGACGUGACCUUGAUUUUCGGUUUGCAAGGAGGUAAAGGAGCCAUGUCAUUAAGAUACUCUAAAAAGUCAAAAUCUGCAUUCCUAAGGAGAAGAUUCCCAAAGGACACAAGGCUUACUGGUCUUGUUCUUAAAAAUGCCUUGGUCAAAGCAAUGAAAGGCAAGCAACCAACUAACUACAAAGAUGUAGCAAUCAUUGUUACAUUGUAGUUGUGUCUCACCCUAUUUUUUAUAACAAGUGAGAAUUCAAUAUGGUGGGUUUUUGUAAAGUAUGUGGAACCUCUUGAAUCAAUGAAACAGUAUGAUUGGCCAGAAGCAAUCACAUCAACAUUGAUUGAUUCUAUCAUAGCAUUGCACAAAACUCCAAAAAACGUUAUGGGGUGUGUCAUUGCAUUGCUAUAUUGGCUAUGUGAACAUGCAAAUAUCAUAGACUUGGAAGACAGUAACACAAUUGAUUUCCCAAGAUGUGCCAAGUGGAACUUGCAAAGCUUGACGAAACAGCUGCAGAAGACACUAGUCCACUCUCUUUCACCUCGACAGAUAGAUAACAAUGAGCUAGUUAAAAACCCAUCAGAGGAGUUUUGUCUUGGUAAAAAGAAGAAGAAAGAAUCAAAAAAGGCAAUUGUCAAAUUCAAGGAGACAUUAGAAGAUUCAUCUGAAGAACCAGGGAAUGAGGAACGAGAAGGCAACAUAGAAGAACACGAAGCCAGCAAUGGACAAGAAGAUCAAGCAAGCAGUGGAGAAGCGGAAGCCAGAGAAGAAAGUGAAGAAAUAGAAGUAGAAGACAAAGAAGAAAAUGAACAGAAGAAGAAGACAGUGAAGAAGAAGAUGAAGGCACUCAAUCUAAACAGCAAGAAGAAAACAAUAAGGAAAGUGAUGAAGAAGAACGUAAUGAGCCGAUGGACCAACAUCAUGAUAGCAUAUGUGGCUCAAUAAUGUAUUAGCCUCAAGAAUAUGAGGAAUCAAAGGAUGCCAAAAUUGCUGAUCUCUAUCAAAGCCUAAAGGCACUUUCUAAAUCUAAAAUAGAAGAAGAGAGAAAUUGGAAUGAAUUACUUGCAGAAAAGGAUAUUGCAAUAAGAACCUUGACAUCACAUAACUCAGAACUUCAAGAAAGAGACAACACAAUCCAAAUGAAACUAAGGAUGUU